AUGAAAGGGAUGAUGAAGUUUGGAAAGAAUGGGAAACUUAGUCUCGGGUAUGUGGGGCCGUAUGAAAUUUUGAACAGACUCGGAAGUGUGGCAUAUGAGUUGAAAUUGCCCAAUGAGGUUUCCGUGAUUCACCCGAUAUUCCAUGUAUCUAUGCUCAAGAAGUGUAUAGGUGAUCUGGUGUUGAUUCUCCCUCUAGAAGGUUUAGGGGUAAAGCAGGAUCUUUCUGAUGAAGAGGUCCCGGUUGAGAUCUUAGACGGCCAAGUUGAGAAAUUGAGGAACAAGGAGGUUGCCUCAGUAAAAGUUCUUUGGAGGAACCACCUUGUUGAGGGUGCAACAUGGGAGGCUGAGACCGAAAUGAAGACCCGCUAUCCUAAUCUUUUCCCCCCCCCUACUGCUAGACAAAGUUAA